ACACACACACACACACACACACACACACACACACACACACAUACUGCAGCUUGCAGUGCAGGAGGGGGGCUGGGGAUGAGAGGGUGGCUGUUGGGUUGAGAGAGGCAUGGUGGACUGCUCGGAUUUGUUGUGCAAGAGCCACAUGCCAAUGGUUUGCUUAACAUCUCUGACUAACUCACUCACACAGAAAAGCAUGUGAACUCAGCUGUACACAAUGGUUCUGUAACUGACCUCAAAGCUUUUUAUUUGGUACCAACCGAAAUAUUAGUGAAUAUCAACAUUUGUCAAGUACCAAAAGCUGACUCUAAAUAUUUGGUCAGCUUUAUACUCUUCUUUAUUUAUUCUUUGAUCAAAUACUUCCUGAUUUAAAACUUCAGUGAAUGAGCGAGGACAAAAUCAUGCUGUGCGGUCAAACUUUGUUCAAACCCUCAGAACAUUAUUUCAAAUUCCAGAGGGGAUCCCUGAAUUUUGGGAAAAUGUGUCUAAAAUGAGGAGCAAGACCAUUUAUAUUUGAUUUGUUGUCAACGGCAACAAGGAGUCUUGGUUUUGAACAUGUUAGCCAGUGUAGACAUCAUGUGGUUUCAACAAAGAAAUGGAACAACAUGAUAUACAAUAUAUUUGAUGCUGUCAGACAGAGAUGGUUUUAACAACCUUACAUUAAAAAAGGGAAAACUGGAUGUUAACUGGUUUUAUUCAAAAUGUUGUAAAUCAAAGUAUUGUUUUUUUGUGUCGCUACUUGUGUUUAGACAUCAGUAAAUAAAAAACGUAAUAAAUUCCCAGCUCUACUUGUUAGUUUCAACACAGUCAACGUUUUUCUUUCAAGAUUUCUGAAACAACUAACUAUAGCUAACUUAUUCUGUUGGUAAUUGUAAAAUCAUUACUAAAACUAAAAUGAUUUGUUGUAAAACUUGCUUGCUUCCUGCUACAGUAAUGACUAUAAUGACCCUACCGUGGUUAAUCAUGCAGGCACACAUGCUUGCAAGCCACUAAACACACACACACACACACACACAUACACACAGACGUGUAAAGCAAACACAUACCAUACUCCCUGUGCCCCCCACACAACCCACUUCCAGUAAAUUAGUGGCAGUAAAUGAGGCAGCUGACGCUUGUGUGCUCUGCAGCCUACAGCUCCCCAGUGGACACCUGACACAGCCCGGACAACCUGCACCGUGGCAUGCCAGGGGGGAACGCAGGCAAACAUGGGGAAAAUAUGCAACCGUGGUACUAUGAAAACACUGACACUUGCUGGUACCCAUUCAUUCACAUUCUUGUUAGGCUCGGUGGUCUCUCACUCACCUUUAUUCAACUGUAAUUGCUAUUAUGAGGGAAAACAUAGCAUUGUGUGAAGGUGAGAUUUACACUGUGUGUAAGUGACUUCAUGGGUCAUUGACAGGAACCCGUGUUGUGGUGUUUACACAAUAGGAAGGGCGCACACUGGUGAACUGAAAUGUCUUGUUAGUGCUAAGCAGAGAAGCCACACAGACCUCCCAUAUUGAUUCAAUUAUUCAAGGCCAUUUGUUCUGCAAGUUGUAGCUAAUUAUUAAAUAUACAGAAAGUUAUUGAUUUUGUUUUCUCAUUUUGACAACACUGUGCUACAAUAUACCAUGGUAAACCUUUCGAAUAAAUCAACACAUGAGUUGUUGCAACUGUUUUCUAAAUGUAACAGUGGAAUUGAAGGAUAAGGCUGGUGCUAUUCUCUAUUAUUGUAUGCAUCUAAUCCCCAAAACGUCUGAAUCAAACAGUGUUUCUCCAUCUGUCUUGAUACUUAGCAACCCCGCCACAACCCAACCCAAAGCCCAUUCAUUCCCACUUAAAAUGUUAGUGUUAAAAACAGGUCAAAAAUAUUUAGUUUAACCUUUAGAAAAGACUCAAUAACUUCUUAAAAAAGCUGGGCAGUUUUCAGCAAAUGUUACUCAUACAGAAUGGAAAAUGGCAUUUUAAUGGACUAUUUUCAUCAGCGGAUUAAGACACAUUUGGUGAGCUAAUGAGUAUUUACAGCAACAAGAGGGUGCAUGUGGCAUUGACUCAAAUAUACCACAGUUUGAAUAGGUUCGUGGCAAAUAAAUGAAUAAAUUAUAUUUGGCUUUGGCUACUCAGGACACACUUGUUAGUAGGAUCAAUUCAAUGUUGGUUUUUCAUAUGAUUUGUUGACAGUGAGAAAAAUACACAAGGUUAGAAAAGAAAAGAAAGUAGGGGAAAUGCACUUUAUCUAACCUGUUUGCCAACGGAGGCAGUUUAUAUCCAAUAGAUAAACAGGCAAAAACUAAACAGGUUGACACUAUCUACAGUGUUUUGCACACAAGGGAAUGCAGCGAGGACACUUCUGUAGCUGAAAGAGCAGAGCUAACUCCGAAGUCCAACAGCUGAAACAGCACUGAAUAUAAAUCUAUCUCUGAUUUCACCUCCCUGUUGUUGUUCUGUUUGUGCUGGUGAUUUAGUGACAGAGGAGUGAGUAUAGGAGGCUUUGGCUGUGGCUUCUCCCCGGUUUCUUUUUAGGUCAUUAAUCCGCAAUAAAUUGUAAAGCUAUUUGUCCACAAUUGUACCCACUCUGUCUCUGAAGCUUGACCCAUAAAGUGAUUAAAUGCUGUUUUUGCCCACACAUUGUGCACAAAUACAUGUUCACACACUUGUAUACGCACACACACAUACAGACACAACUCGGCAGACAUACACACUAGUGAUUUUAGAUCAAGUUUGUAUGUGCCGACAGCUCACUCAUUGGCUUCUGCAAAAUCUGAGUGAGACAGAUUGGGACCAAGACAAGACUUUAUCCAGAGUUAAUCGGCCAACAUGUCAGCAAAAAGACGUGUGAGAGCGGGCAUUGUAUUAUCACCAGACUGUGUCACGUCUGUGGUGGUGCAUCAAUAAAUAUAAUAGCUCUCUUGAUAUUUGUAAGGGGAAUGGACUAUAGUCACAUGUUUCAGAAUCAUUCAGUUUCUUUCUCCUAUUAUAACAUGCUCUACAGUCUGAUUGUGUGAAGUCAGAAUGAAUAAUAAUGAAACUAACGCUCUAAUCUUAAAUUCUUAUCUGUUUAUCAGCCACAGAAAGUGAAUCACAGGAGCAAUUCCCAAAAGCUACAGAACUUCACGUUAAUCAGAUUUCUAAAAUUUAGUGUGUAGUCACAGUGGACUUUUUUGGGGGAAGAUUGUGAAAAAUACACUUACUGUAACUGUUAAAAUUAUAGUAUUGAUCAUAAUGCUGAGAAACCGAAGCAUAAGCACACCUUCCGCUGAUGGAUAGACAGAUGGCGCCGUUACCAGCUGUCGGACUAUUUCUUGGUCGGGAGAUCUCACUGAGAUCUUUCGUCACUGUGAGGUUGUCAACCUCACAGCAACCAGAGGAGACUCCAGUAAUUACUUCUCCCAGUCGAUAAAUUGGGCACAUAUCCCCAGUGCAAUUAAAGAAAGGUAUAACCUGUCAUAAUAAACAAUUUGUGAGCUUUAGAGUUGCUGGUAGGUGUAUUUUGUAACCUUAUAACAGAGGUUACCUUUGGCAUAUUUUCCAAAAUGUUAAACUGUUCCUUUAAGAUGAUAAUCAGUGUGGUUUUGGCUGUUCUCAAUCUGUUGUGUAAGUAGGUGCUAAAGGGUAAACAGGCUUUAAAGUAGUCACAGCAGGACACAGCUAAAUCACUUUAAUUAGGCCUAAAGAGAAAGAAAUAAUCACAAAGGAAGAGGCAUUUAUCUGAAUAGAAAUAUCAGGAGAAAAAAUUGAUAUUUACACAUCUUGCACACCAAAGGUUAUUUGGACAAAGUGGAUGAAUUGUAUUGAGUAUGUGCCCUAUCCUCCUUUUCCUGUCUGAUCUGUUCCAGGGGAGUGUGGAUUAAAACAGGUCAGGGUGUGGAGGUCAGCCAAGGAACCUGAGGUCAAAAGUCAGAGGCAAGAAAGACCUCCGCAUUCCAAUUGACUGCUGUCCUACACGCGCGCGUGCGCACACACACACACACACACACACACACACACACACACACACACACACACACACUUUUCCAAAGAAAUGACUGCUUGAUUAAAUGCUCUAUUUUUUACCAGAAACCUUGUUUCAAAUCAGUUGUAUUUUUUAAAACCCACAAGAACAUCAAAGAAGGAAAUAUUACGUGAAUGAUGAGAAUCUACUUUGGCUACAAAAUGUGUUGCAAUUUUAUCAGUAAUGUCUCUCCAGACUACCUACAUAAGGGUUGGAUCAACAUUGAAUCAGAGGAGAGUGCACUCUGUGCUCUGACUUUUAAUGAUGUUACAUUAGUUCACAAGUCUCGGGUGGGUUUGUUGUCGGCUGUGACCAUUUAUUACUAAGUUUGCACUUUGUUAAACUAUGCAUUCAGAGUUUGUCCUUGGUGUGUUUGUGUAUGUGGCCAAUUUGUAUUUGUCAUUUUGGUGUGUGUAGCACCAUAAUACUGUAGCUGCACACUCCUUUUGAUUUAAAACAAUAUUCUUAAAAUAGUUUUAUUAUCGUCGUGCAACAAUCGUCAAGGAUUAAUAUACACAAUUAGACUCGAAAUACACACAGACAAGACAAAUAGAUCAGAAUAUAUCCAUCGAUUGGGAGGGAGAACAUGCAAAAUAAUUAUAGCUAACACAGCAUCGUAGCACUGCAUGAAUACUAUUAUUUGAUGUUUUCCUUCACUAGGCUUCACUAUGCUUUUCAUUCAUUUGUGUCACAAAACACAUUGUUAAAUGGCGGCAGAUCAAGGGAUUUUACUGACUGAGUUUGAAGAAUGAUGCAGCUACUUUUGAACUACAAUCUUUUUUCUACUCUCUUUCCCAGAGCACCUCUACCGUUCCUGAGACACAAAAAGCUGGUGAGUCCUCGCUGUUUUUUAUUUCAUUCUCAUGUGUUCAGUUAACUCACAGACCUUGAGACUCAAAAUAAUAGGUUGUGUGUUGUUAGAUUUCUUUUUCACUAUUUUGUCACGUGUUUGGAAAAAGUGUUUGAUCCGGUCCAGGUCUGGUCUGGCGUCAUGUGAAGAGAUUCUAAGGCACACUUUCUGAUUGAUAAUCUCGUCUUGUGUUCACAAGAGUAAGGAGGGAGGGAUUGAGUGGAGGAGGACAGGCUCUGUUUCUCUAUGAGACACUGGAUGUGAAUGUAGAUAAGAUUGUCAACUCAUCUACAAAAUCAUCAAGCCAGUCGCCUUUCUAAGAUAAGAGCCAGACUGGAUGUCGUGAACGAUGACAAGAACUUUAGAACUGUAUUUAUUUCCCUUUUGCCCUCACGUCAUACUUUCCUUCCUGAUAAGAUGUUUCUGUGAUCAAAAAGAUAUUCUGGUAUAGAAAGCAACUAAGAAUAGGCAGCAAAAAUAUGUAAAUCCAUCCAAAUACACACCCUUGCAAACAUGCUUAUUUUGUGACUGGACUUGUGUAGUAUUUGUUGGCCUACAAUUAUCAAUCCUCAUCUGACUUCUUCCUGAUGAAAAGCCUUCACAGUAUUGACAUGUAAUUUCAUUACUUUGCAAAGCUCGCCGUCAUCCUCUUUGCACACUUCUAUUAUAAAUAGAACAAACUCGAUGUGUAGUGGCCCAUCCAUCCUGGCUCCGACCUCUGUGUCAGCAGUCUGCCGGUAAUGCACAGGGUCAUCAGGAAACUUUGGAUGGACAGACCUACUUUCAGACAGCCGGCAGGGGAGAAGUGUUCAUUAAACACCCCCCUGUGUUGUCAGUCCGCUGGUAAACAAUACCAGAGAGGUGGCUGGACGUGGGUACGAGGCUUUCAUAUUCCUCCCCCCCGCUGUCUCAAAGCCUGCUGGGAGUCCUCACUCACUCUCAUUCUGUCUCUCACUCUAAUUACUGGCCCUUUGCUGAAAAUCUGUCAUGGGAAAUGUGCAGAAGCUGUCAGUAUGUUUGUUCUUGUGUGUGUGCAUAUGUGAGCACUACAUUUUGGCGAAAAGGCCCACUCUAAACUUUUUUACAAGGAGGCUUAAGCUUGCAAAAUCGCACAGUGCCAACUUCAAAAGGGUCAAAUGUCUUUGGUAAUUUUUCUUCAUUUAAAUCAGUCUGACUUCCUAUAGGCAAGUUAUGUAACCUCCAUCUCUGGGUCCGUGUGAUGGAACCCAGGAUGCUGGAGGGGGGUGGGGCUACGAUUUUGGAAUUGGCGAAGUUUUGGGGGACUUGAUGGAGCACAAAGCCCAGUGUUCAUUGUGACACUUCAAAGCCCCCUCUGUAUCGCCACCAUUUAAGCCCCUGGGAAUGACACAUUUGUGACAGUGUUACAUCACACACCAUGCCCUAAAGGCUUCUGCUGCACUGCCAUGAAAGAAACCUCAUUCAUGGUUAAUUUUACUAUCUCUGUGACAACAGCAGCACACCAGUGAUCAACAAGAAGUUUCCACAGCUCAGGCUUUGUAAUGGCUCAGUUGAUGACCUGCCUGCGGCGCAGGGUGUACCUUGGUGAGCGGUCAGUGUCACGGCUUUCCUGUGUACAAAGAGGAUGUGCAUGUUACAACUGACAACCUGUUUUUUAGAUGUGUUUUUUAUGGGGCUCCUGUGAUGCUGUAUAGUCUGAGCCUUGUGCUCCACGGGGCAUGCAGAGUGCAACUGCACUGGAAUGGCAAUGACAUAACUUAUACCAUACUACCUACCAUCUGGAGAUGAUUAGGACCGUCAUGCAAAGUGUUUGCAUGACGGUCCUUGUCAUCGGUUGGGCACGGUCUAGGAGAUGAUGCAUGUGAUGUGAGGAGAGAUGCGUUUGUUUUGUUAUUGAAAUCAAACUCUAGGAGCAAUGAAAUGAGAUUUAAAGAAAGCCCGAAAGAAAUCUACUUAGUGCUGUCUGCCUCUUGGUUACCACUAUGUUAAAGCAUCACAAUGAAUAGAUUUUGGGGUGAACCCUAUUCUAAUCUUUUUAUCUAAACUUUCAUCAUAUGACUUACUGAAGGUUUUUUUUGUAUAGUAGUGUUAAAUGAUGAAUGGUAUUGUCUUUUUUUUUUUUUACAUUUGAUAUUUUAUACAUUUUUCGCUAGCUAGGCAUCUCAAUAUCUCCCUCCUCGAGUCUAUUGUGGCAAACUCAUGGCUGUUCAUAUUGAGGAAACAGAUGGACAAUGGAGAAAUCCAUCAGGCAAAAGUGGGAACUAACCAAAAAAGGUUUGAGAAAGACAAAGAAGACAACAUAAUACAUUCAUUAUUCAGUUCCGUGUCUCUUUAGUAUGCACAUAUACUUUAGUAGUAUCUAGGCUGAUUUAUAUAGAGGUAAUUUGUGUUUUACAGAAAGCACAGGACUUCAAUUCAUCCAUUGCUUAUCUUCAGAGGCAGCUUGCUUAGCUCUGUGACCUCACAUCCUCUGAUCCAGGAAGUUAACAGGUUUACCUUGUAUAAGUGAAGGACAGAGAAGGACAGAAGAGGCAAUAUCAUAUUGAAAUCAUCUCCUCUGUGGUGGAUAAAAUACAGGGUUGACUUUAGACCUACUAUCUAUUUAGUAUUGGUUGAGUUUAUUUCACAGUGCUCUUGUCGUCCGCAACAAACAACACUAAACAAAUGUAAAAACAAACACUCAGCGAGAUAACAGUGUAGCACAAAGCACAUCCAGUAAGCCGAAGAGGGCCAUUCAAGCUAAAGUUGCAGCAGGUACUUUCCAGAUGGCUAUUUGGCUUUUUUUUUUUUAUGUUUGUGGCAUAUAACCGAGUUGCUUAUUUAUUCUGAUAUUGCAAAAAAAGCUAAAAGUGCUUGUAGCGAAUGCAGCAAACUCGCUGCUUGUUGUCCUUCCAGCUGGAUAUUUGUGCGAGCGACGCCGGCUGGCUUACGUCACUUCAGCGUUCCUAUUAGCGAUGGAAAUGCAAACAGGAAAAAAACCUUGAAGGUAUGUAGUAGGGCUGUCAAAAUUGGCCAAAAAUUACAUUUAAAUAUUCCCUUUUAAAAAAACAUAUAGUUUCGAACUAUUUAAAUUUCACGAUGAUGAGCUUCCAACCAGCAGCAGCGUUAAGCAUGACCUUUGACCUGGACUCAUAGCCUCAUAGUCAGCACUUGCCUUGGUUGUAGGUGUAGGAAAGGAUAACUAAGGAAAGAGGAAGUGGUUUAGCACCCUCAGUGGAGUUCUGUAGGGAAGGACACUUGGGAGUUGGUGGUUCCUGUGAAUAAUUUGCGUCAUCAUUUCUGUCCGUCUGCCUCUCCUUUUGGUUUCCUUCUCUCUUUUCAUCCCUCAUUUCCAUUCUAGUCACCAUCCUUCCCUUCUUGGAAAUCCAGUGACAAACACAUGUUACUGUUAUUUAAAGUUGAUUCUAAAUGCAGCUGUGUUUUUACAGUUCCAAUACACAAAAUGACGCCUUUGCCUGAGUGUUGACCUGUGAGGAUUCCAGUAUUCAUCAUCAUAUUAUUAUGCACUUUGAAAAGUCCCCUCUGUUGGUGCAUCAGCUUGACUGUUGCUCACCUUUCAAGAAUAUAAAAACAACACCAUUCUGUGUACCUAAAGUAAAUAGUUUCUUUAGAAGUCACUUCACUUUUAAAGUUCAUUUUGGGAAAUACUCAUAUUCUUUUUUUUUUUUAAUUUUUAUUGAGAGCUUGAUGAGGAGUUGAAUAUCACUAACAAUGGAGGUAGAGCCAGCAUUUGAUUAGCUUAGCUUAGCGUAGCAUAAAAACUGGAAACGGGUAAACGACUAGCCUGCUCUGUCAAAAGCAAAGAAAUACCUACCAGCACCUGUUCAUUUGCCUAAUGAACACAUCUUUAAUGUUAAAUCAGUAAACAAAAAGAAAUGUAGAAGAUAUGGUGCUAGUCAAGCUAGCUGUUUCCCCUUGCUUCCAGUCUUUAUGCUAAGCUAAGACAACCAUCUAUUUGCUCUGGCUUCAUAGUUAUGUGGCAUAGAUGAGAGCGGUAAUAAUCUUCUCAUCUGACUUUUGUCUAAAAGAAAGUAUUUUUAUCCAUUCAAUAUUUAAUAUAAAAAGAUAAAUAAAAACUGAUAUAGAGAUGUGAUUGUGAGGAAUAUCUGCUAUAAUUGACUAACUUGGUUACCAGGGUAAACAACUAACAAAGUCCUUUCAGUACAGAUGCCUUUUCAUCCACAGAUCUUGUGAUUGACCUUUAUGACUCGAACAGUCCUCAACUAAUUUCAACACCAAUUCCUACUUAAUUCAGAUAACGUCACAGUGAAAUCAAUUUCAGCGUUCAUACUGAAUGACUUGCUUUCCUCUUUUCUGACCCGUCCAACUUUCUCCUUUUUUUUUUGUUACUUGGUCCUGCUCUUUGAUUGUCGUCUUAGCCCACUUUUUGCCACCCCUCCAUACACAGUACAGGAGCUGCUGUGCUUGUGCAAGGUCACAUUCCUGGCCUCCCCGUCAGUCUACGCCAGCCUCAACACCUCCCCCCAAUCAGCCCCUCCUUUCCCCUCCCAUUUGACACACUUCCUGUGUAGAGACUGGUACAGUACUGUAACAUGUUGGAGUUCAUUCCUUUUAUAUUUCACACUUCCAACUCAGCUGUGAAUACAUGUACAGGUGUAAUUGAACUGUUCCCCUUAGAAGCAAAUCGUUCUAUGUUUUUAUGCUUGGUGUAUACUUGAUAUUUUGAAGUUUCAAAAAGUUGGGAAAAAGUUUGAUGUUUUAGACAUUGUUUUGUUGUGGGCCUCUGUGCAUUCAGACUUAAUGUUAACAUAUCUUGAUAAUAUGUGUCUCUUGCUCAAAAGAUACAUUUCCUCAGACUGGAAAAGAAUAAUUUUGAAAAAAACAAAACGUAUGUCUCAUCUCCGUCGUAUCACCAAUUUUCUUGAGUGAAAGCUCAGAACCCUCUUAUCUCCUUUGUGAGUUUUGAGACUUCUUUCUUUGGGAAUCCAUCUCUCUAGCUAUGGUGCACUGAACAGGAAACCACUGCAUGAAGGGGAAUUUAUAACAGGAAGUUAGCUUGCUGAACUCCCAGUUACAACAAAAGUAUCCCCUAUUCCAAAGAAAGAAGUCUUAAGAGGGCUUGUGUCAUUCUUACCUCAGCUUUAUUUUUCAGCCGGCGUGUGGUGCAAGUUGUUGCGACGCUUGGUUAUGCACUUCUGAAUUUUUGUACAUGGUGCACGCGAUCACGUGACUGUCACAAAUAGUUCACUGAUAACAGCCAAAUCAAAUUGUUUACAGGAUAUUAAACCUUUGUUUCUUUAUAAUGCAUUUAAUACUUAACUUGUUUCUUUACAGGGCUUGCACAAAGGCAAUACAGGAGUCCAUGACUGUGAGAUAUGAGUUUACGGAUAAUUAAAAUCCCUCCUCGGCAUUGCGGAGGUCGGUUUAUGGUGUUUUGCCGGUUACACCUACAGUCUAUGGGCAUAUCUAUGGGUUACACUUUGUUGUAUUUUUGAUUGCUCACAGUUCAGAGAAUAAUGCAGUGCAUAGAGUAUAAACGCCUCCGUUCAUGCUCGGAGCUUGUGCACCGUCCGUGGAAGCUUGUGCUACGGUGCCAAGCACGAGUAUGAAGAAAGCUUAAAUCUCCCAGAGUGGAUGUUGGGAGAUGCCCACACUGUCCCCAGGCUAAUGAAUCAGUCUUGGCUCAGCAGGCUCUGUCACUCCCUGGCUGGUUUAUUCGCCUCGUUUGGGUGAGAGAUUGUCGCAGGAGAUGUGAAUUGUUUGGAUACACUAAAUGUUGGGAUAUUUGUGUUUUGAUUUGAUCUUGAGGUGUCUGUUUGUCUGAUAUCUUACUGGAAGCAUUCUUUUUAGUUCUUGAAUUAACUGGUGCACACACAUACACAAGGUGCAAAGGUAUCAGAUAGUCAGAACAGAGUCUUUAAAAGAAGGGCAGACAGUAAGGGUUAGGGAGUGUAUGUUUGAUAGCAGAGUAAGACCUCAAGCAGAUGGUCACAUCAAAGGGACUCACACACAAUUACAGUCACACUCAGGCACACCCACACAUACGUGCUUCAGCAUACAGACACAUUUUUGGCCGUGCUGUAAAGAGCAUGGUGCAUUGUUUUUCACAGACAUUUUGAUAAUAGGCUCUCACAUACUGUUUAUAUACACUGUUUGAAGUCCACCCAGAAAUCACCCCCCCGCCCUCGUGUUUCACCUCCCCUGUAUUCAUUUCUAGGCCAGAAUGUUGGCAGGUAACCCUCUCUUGCCUCUGUUCUAUGGAGUUAGAUGUAGGUACAGACUCCUGGCAUGCUGCACACAUGUUUGACAGAGGGGGCAUUUGGCAAGACUUUGCUUCCUGAGGUAUGAGAACUCCACCCUUCAGGACAUUUUCCCUCAUAUCCAGGUUACUGUCUGUGUAUUGCCCCCUUAUCACAGGUAUACCAGAGAGACAGAGAGGGAAAGUACACGGAUAUGCUGUUGUGAUACGACUACUGACCUAGAUUGUAGUGUGAUUCAUGUUAGUCGUUAGGUGUGUGAGCGAGGAUACUAAAGUAGUGAUACUUUUAUAGGAUGUUUGUUUUUCUGUAUCCCAUCCUAAUCCUAAUUUACAACAUUGUUAACAAGGUCAUUCCAAAAUUGCAGAAGUGCAGGCUAAACGGCUGUGAAAAAGCACAGACGCGGGAAUCUAAGCCUUAUCAGUCUCGGCAAACCUCGGAAGACCAUAAAGUCAAUUGGCCGCGAUGAGCACAAUGCUAUCAGCGGGCUGCAAUAAGCCAAUGCUGGGUACAUUACCUUCACUUGCUGGAGCAAUCAGCACGAUUGGCUGACUUUCCCAAGUGUGAGCUUAGUGUGGAAUGUAAUGGAGGGUAAUCGGAAGAGGAGCUCAUAGUACUCACAACAACACACACAUAUGAACUCAUACAAUCAACUUGCCAUAUAAACACAUUAAUGAUGUAAUGAUUGUAUUAAAUUGUAUGAAGAAUAAUACUAAUGUAAUAUGUAUUUCCGUUUUCAAGAGCAAAUUAAUGAAUCUUCUAAAAAGCCACAGUGUAAAAAGCCCGUAUACAGCAGAUCCUGAAGUUGCUGUUUUUCAGCCGGUGCGUAGCCAAUGACUGAGCUUCUCCACAGACCCCAGAGAGUUGCACUUGGCUAAUAGAAGCUAAAUCAGCAUUAUCCGAUCAACUCAGCAGCAGUCUAAGUAGUGGAUUCCAUUGUGGUGUUUUUGUCCAUUUCAGUAGCUUAAGUUUGUUACAUAAGGUUUACAGUACAUAUCUGUUUCUCAAUAUCUAAUGUACUUGUGUUUGUGAGUGUGUGUUUGUAUGUGUGCACUGCAUACCCUAUUCCUACCGCAAUGUAUUUACAGUCAAGUCAUGUCAUGUGUUGGACCAUUUCCCAUGGCUCAGGAGAAUAAUUACUGACUGUGGGCAGUAACAGAGAGGUUCCUGAUGUGCAGCAGAAACCAGCAAGUGCACAAUUUUAAACCCCAGCAUUUUUCCACUCUUGACAUAUCUGUAUCCUUUGUCUGAGUGACCCCUUCAUCAUCUCACUUUCUGUCUUUUGGUUUCAGUUUUUUGAUGUCUUUAGCUGUUUGUGAACAAGGACAGGUGGAUCUUCAUAACAAGCAGGCUGCCUGGGCAAUUGGUUAUAUAACUGGCAUUGAUGCUCUCUGUGUCUAGACAGGGUAGGGUGGGUGUAAACAGAGUGGAUGAGAGAAGGAAGGUGACAGAGAAGAGAGGUAUAAAAAAAAAGAUGUGGAGACAAAAAAAGAUAGGGAGGGGAUAUGAAGAUGGCUGACUCUAAAUCACUCAGAUAUCCACAUAGAGUGCUCGAGCUUGUGUCGGAAAGCACUUACACUCACACUUACACACAUAUACGUAUACACACACACACACACACACACACACACACACACACACACACACACACACACACUGGUAGAAUAGAAUAUGAGAACAUUGCAGCACUGGCUGGAUGUGUCCCAGCAGUAACUGCACUGAUGCUCACUGCAGCAGACGGGAGUGUACAGUUCAGACUAGAACAGAACAGAGUGGGAGAGAGAAGGAGGCAGAACCCAGACCAGUACAGAGGACAGAACAGAGCUAGUUGGAUGGAGAAACCAGUCACGAUUGAAUGCUGAAAUAUAGAUAAAUAAGAGCAGUGGAAAGAGGUGGGAUUAAGAUGGCACAAAAGCUCAAUCCAUCUGAUCAGUGACAGGAAUAGGUGUAGGAACAAGGUCUGACUUAGAUACAUUUCGGUGGAUGCUAAACGGCAUGUCUCGCUCUAUGAGGCUGCUGCUGCUGCAGAGGUCCUUCAGUGACCACAUCAGGUCCUCUACCUCCAAAGCCCUCGAUCGGCUGAGCAAGCCCGCUCGAGAGAGUCGACAAGCUGAGAUCGAAGCCAAAGAGGCCUGUACCUGGCUCCGAGCAGCAGGGUUCCCACAGUACGCCCAGCUUUAUGAAGACCCUCUCUGUUUAGAUGCCCAGUUUCCCAUCGACAUCUCUUCAGUCACCAGAGACCAUGACUUCCUUGACCGGGACGCUAUUGAGGCUCUCUGCAGGAGACUGAACACCCUCAACAAGUGUGCUCUAAUGAGGCUGGAGAUCUCACCGCAAAGAAAAAGAAGCGAGGACUCCGAUGAGGACGAGCCUUGUGCCAUCAGUGGUCGCUGGACCUUCCAGAGGGACAGCAAGCGCUGGUCCCGUAUGGAGGAGCUGGAGGUUUUUUCCACACUGCCCACAGAUACUGCCCCACCCCCAUUCCCCAAGGACCAAGUAUCCCAGAAAGGCAAGCUCGCCCUGUGUGAAGGCAAUAGUUCAGAGAGUGUGCUGACCGACCUCAGUGAGCAGCCUGAAGUGGGCUCCAUCCACAGCAGCGGGAGUAGAGGGAGAAGAGAAGAGAAGAGCCAUGGCGCUGCUCUGACAAAUGAAGCUGUACCCGCCGGUGCCACUCGUGCCAGCUCUGUAGCUAGCAUGUGUUCGUCCUCGGGCACAGGUGGGUCGGGAUGCGUUAAUGAGGACUCUCUGUCUGAUGGGAUGCCUCCAUCGCCCCUGGAGACACUCGGACAGUUCACCUUUGAUAUGAAAACAGGGAUGGGAGGGCUGGGAGGAAGUCUGGACAGAGGAGGUGGCAGCGGCAAAAGCACACGCUCAAGAGCUAAGAGCUUCCUCAAGAGGAUGGAGAGUCUACGGCUGCGCAGCGGCACCUCCUCCAAGAGAAAGAAGAAGGGGUGUGCCAGUGGAGGGAAGAUAGAAAUCAGUGGCCCUGUCAUCAAAGAGGGUCUGGAUGAUGACAAGCUGCAGAGGCUCAACUGUGUGGACAUCUCCAGUAUCAACCUCAACCAGAACCUCAAUCACCACUGCAAUCCCACUCAGACAAUGACACUUAACCGAAAUCGCUCUGUGUCCUACUCCACUCAGACCAGCAACGGCAGCACUGGAAGUACUGGGAGCAGCCAGUCAGAAGCUAGCAGUGGAAGUGCAGUGAGCACACCGAGCCCAGUGACUCGCGCUCGCAGCCACAGCAUAGCGGCAGGCUCUAGUAAGAGGGGAGGAAUGUAUUUGGAGGGUUUUGAUCCUUUCAGCAUUCCCCAACAAGCUUCAGAUCGACAGCCGACACCCCCACCCAAAUCUGCCCCACCCACCCUCCCCUGCCAAGCUAGUAAAGGGAUGACAGUUGAUGAGCAGAACCACAGGAACAACUGCAGUGUUCGAGACAACAGCAGACAAGCGGAAGAAGAAGAGGAGGGAGAGGAUGGCAUGAUCUUCUUCUUCUUACCAGAAGGUCACAAGCCUGGAACCUUCCCAAAAGCCCUGCAGGACGGGAGUUCACGCAAUAACAAUGGGAAUGAUAACAGGCACUCAGUGACCCUCAGGGGGCGUCAAGGUAGACGCCAGCGUCAUUGCUCUUCUGGCUCCGUCGACAGUCGGCUCAGCUUUUAUGACAACGUCCCCUACACUGAGAGAGAGGAGGAGGAAGAGGGGGAUGAUCGUAAACUGGAGCAAGUGCUGCAACACGUCAGCGGUUUUCAGUUUGUUAAUGCUUGGUCAGAGGCUGUGGCUGGCGAAGAGGAGGAAGAGGAGGAGGACGAAGAGGAGGAAGAUUCAGAUUCAGCACUGGACUCAGCCUCCCCGUGCCCGUCCUCUCCUCUGCAGAACCGGCUGGAGGAGACAGAGAAUGGAAGUGACCAAGACAGCACAGGAAACCCGCUGGGAGAGGGAGAGGAAGGGAUGAGAGAGAGAAGAGAUUCUGGUGUCGGGGCAUCUCUAACUAGAACCAGCAGACCACAGAAACUCCGCUGGCCGAGCUUCCAGAACUCCCAUCGGCCCAGCUUGGCCUCAGCCCAGCUCCAGAUUAGCUGCCAGUCUGUGCUACAGAUGAAUCUGCUCCAGAAGCUCUCCCUGCUGCAGCUCACUGCUCUGCUGGAGAGACACACCCCUACAAACAAACAUGGCUUCAGCUGGGCUGUGCCAAAGUUUAUGAAGCGCAUCAAGGUUCGGGACUACAAAGACAGGAAUGUGUUCGGUGUGCCACUACAAGUCAUCGUCCAGCGAACAGGCCAGCCCCUCCCUCAGGGAAUUCAGCAGGCCAUGCGUUAUUUACGCAACCAGUGCCUUGACCAGGUGGGACUUUUCAGGAAAUCAGGCGUUAAAUCUCGUAUCCAAGCUCUUCGUCAGAUGAAUGAGGCCAGCGGCGUGGAUGGGGGAGGCGUCAACUACGAGGGCCAAUCGGCAUAUGACGUUGCAGACAUGCUGAAGCAGUACUUCAGAGAUUUACCAGAACCCCUGCUCACUAGCAAGCUGUCUGAGACCUUCCUCCAGAUUUAUCAGUACAUGCCUAAAGAGCUGCGUCUGCAGGCAGCGCGUGCUGCCGUGCUGCUGCUGCCCGAUGAGAACCGCGAGGCGCUGCGGACGCUGCUGUGUCUGCUGAGCGACGUGACGGCCAGCGUGUCUGAGAACCAGAUGACUCCCACCAACCUGGCUGUUUGUCUGGCCCCGUCUCUCUUCCACCUCAACACCCUGCGCCGCAAGGAGAGCUCCUCGCCAAGGGUGAUGAACAGGAAGCAGACACUGGGAAAGCCGGACCAGAGAGACCUGAAUGAGAACCUGGCUGCCACUCACGGCCUGGCACACAUGAUCCAGGAGUGCAGCAAACUCUUCCGGAUCCCAGAGGAGAUGAAUCCCUGCAGGAACUCCUAUGUGGAGCAAGCGUUGCUGCCGCGACGCUUGGAGGACCUCGCAGGUGAGGAGGCCAGGCAGGGAGGUUGCAGUGCCUACCUGCAGGACAGCCUAGACGCCCUCCUCAAAGACGCCAAGGACAAGUUUAAAGGUUACGACAGCUGCUCCACACCUGAGCACGCUGAACUUGCCUGUAGGAAGGUGCAUGAUUGCUUUCCACUCCGGCUGUGGAAGGUGACCGUGGAGGUGCCUGCGAGUCCUGAGGAGGUUCUCACACGAGUGCUGCGGGAGCAGGGCUACUGGGAUGAGGACCUGCUCGAAAGCCGGGUGGUGGAGACUCUGGAUGAGAGGACAGAGGUCUACCAGUAUGUCAGGAAUACCAUGGCUCCACAUCCCACUAGAGACCACCUGGUGCUCAGAACAUGGGUAACAGACCUGCCGAAGGGAGCGUGUGCACUGGUGUGUACAUCUGUGGACCAUGAAGGAGCACGUGUUGUAGGCGUUCGGACCAAUGUCCUCACCUCUCGCUACUUCAUUGAGCCCUGUGGAACCAACAAAUCCAGACUCACACAUAUUUCCAGGAACGACUGCAGGGGUCGUUUCCCAGAGUGGUACAAUAAACUAUAUGGACACUUGUGCGCUGCUGAGGUGGCGCGGAUACGUGACUCAUUCACCGUGCCCGUGGACAAAUGAAUAAGCAGUGUGCAAUUUGGAUAACAACAGACUCAACGGCGCCUUUGAAACGUAAUUUGGAUCCUACAGAGGACUCAAAAUGACUUAUUCCACCAGAGAGUAAGAUGGGGUCCAAGCUUCUUAACGGUCAAAUUUUAAGGACAAAUCCUGGAUCCUGGAUUGAAGGAUUUUUUUGCUUUGAUUUUGUUAGAACAGACUGUUGUUAUCGUUUAAAACUGUUCUGUUUGGACGCUCAGUGUGCUGCCUAGAGGACUUGUGACACACAAACACUUAUCUGGGCCAAAAGACAUGAUGUCACUGAUACAGGAUGUGAUCCAAAGGGUGCUAUAGCUUCUGAGAAGCAAGGGUGUAUGUGUGUGUGUAUGUGUGCAUGAGUGUUCAAAGUAACAAACGGUUAAUAGAUACAUAUUCCUCGCACUGGUUUUCCAGUGGCAGCAUAGUGUGUACAUACAGUAUUCUGUUCACAGUAGUGGUAUGUGUCUGUCUUGUGUUACCUCUGUCCCUUUUUCUGUUACAGCAUGGCACAGGAGGAAAAGUUGGUCAGUUGAUUGAUGAAUCCAUGGGUGAAGAAAGAAUGAAUUUGCUGGUAAUAUGAAGAGUGAGUAUAGAGACAAUAGGUGGGAUAUAGUGAGAUGACAGGUGGCUGAUAGCAGGGUUUAAGUGUUUCAGGAGAGGAAGGCAAAGACGGAUGAGAAUCGGUGGCUGGCACACCAAAAAGAGAGGGACUGAUCAAAGAAACAGCCUCAUUUACUAACAUACAAAUAGAUGUCUCCUCAUUUUGUUCUUGAGGAUACAAGGGCAUGCCCCGAGUGUUACUAUGCUAGCAACCAGGCAUAAUGCAAAAAGCCGGGAGACAGUCAGAGCUCAUAAGGAAGCGGUUGUGACCAAGGAUCCGUGUUAGAGACAAGGAAUGUUGCAUAUUUCACAGGAUCACACCAACAGAGCUAGAAAUGUAAUACCAACAGAUCUACAUUAAUGGACCAAAUUUGAAAUAGCUAAAAAAAAAAAUAGCUUUCCGAUAUUACAAGGUUCAGAGUUAGUGUUGUGAAGAGCACAGUCAAUUCACUUUUGUAUUGUUUAAAGGCGGACACCAGAAGUAUAGUGAUUUACAUGAGAACAGAAAAAAAACAAUGCACUGUUCUAACUUGCAACAGAAACCUCCGGCUUGGCCUAUAAAGAUGAGUAGUAAACAGAGGAAAAAUGGUCCUUUUAUAAAGGUGGAGAUUUUACAGGUUUUACUGUAAAAUAGCAGGCAGAUUGAAUGUUUGUGUGAAGGAAAACGAUUUUGUGUAAGCUUCUUUCUCUGUAGUGUUGUGUCAGUGUUUAAAAAGAAGUAAGAGAUUUAGGUCCUCAUAACCUUCUUCAUUCAUAACACUCAUGCUUCAAUCUGAGGGCGCGCAUAUUUCGUGUUGAGUUGUAUGAUUAAUUCGCUAAGCCAUUGUUCAUAUCGUAAAUGUUCGUACUUUUAACUGUGUCUCUGCCAAAUAAUAAUGCAUGACAAUUAGUAAUUUAAAACAAAUAUAUUUAUACCUCAGAUAUAUGUUUGUUUUGUAUCAUUUAUUGUAAAUGUUACGCUUUGUGUUACAGAAAUGAAAAAAUGUUUUAUCUUUUUUAUUAAUAUUAUUUCUGUACAGGUUAAUCAAAAUGCACUAUUAAAUGUAUUAAAAUAAGAAAUGAUUAAUUUG